UUGCAACGUAUGCGAGGGCCAAAAAUAAAGACACACUAGAUCUGCGGCGCAACAUCAACCAGCCAACCCCGCCUCUUCUUGGACUUUUUUUUGAUGGAGACAGUUGUGCGUGUGCGUGCGUGCGUGAGACGAGUGGGUGCAAAGAGAGUGAGAGCGAGAGUGAGAGAGCGAUACCAAGAGAUGCAGGAACGCACCUAGCUCGGCAUAAUGGAGACUUCUCGGGCCAUCUUGCUCCAUGUCAAGCAUGUAUUGGGCCAGAGUGACCUUUUGUCUUCUCACUCCCACUGCGCCGAGACAAGAUCGUCAGUAACUCACCAAGCGCUGGUCCGCGCUUACUGGUAGUUUUUGGCGCCCAGGUUCCAGCUUUGCCGACUCAACCGCCUGCUUGGGAGUGAAGAAUAAGGACUUGGUUGGGAGAGCAGUAAAGUUCGAGAAACGCUGGGCAAAGGCCAGUCGGCGACAAACCCGUUUUGUGAUUACGCAGCACCACCUUUUUACGAAGCACCUCUUUUUAUUUCUCGUUCUGCUUGUCCCCCCUGCUCACCCUCGCAAUAUAAUCGCGCCAUUCUGAUGGACGAGCCCUUGCUCCUUUUUUUCAGCAAGCCUUGCCUGGUUUGGAGACAAAGGUCGUCGGCCCGCUUUUGGAUCCAUGUCAGGCACCAGCUAGAUGCGAGAUGGAUGGUGGCCGCCGGUUGACGCCGCAUGUGCCCGGCAUGGCAUGGGAGUGGCAGGGCAUGAAUCUCUUGGUUGUGAGCAUGCAAGAUGUGCUCAUCAGGGGUUUCGCAGUAGGAGGGACCCAUACAACCAUUGUGCUCAGCGGCACAGCACACUGAUGGGUCUAACCGAUGAAUCUGACGAGUGUUACUGGUUCGUUGCUGUGUGUCGGUUUUGGGAUGUCGUGAGCAAGGGCGUCUCUUAUAAGAUACUAUGGCACCAACUUGAGCCUCGUUCCUUUGUCCCUCCCUUUCUCUUCUUCCUUUGCUCUCUACGCAUCAU